CGCCGCUUAUAUAAACGCUCUGCCAUCGCCACCUCUUUUCCUUGCUCUUUCUCGUGCUUUCACUCUCCAUUUCUGGGUUCUCUUCGCUUCGUUGCAGGCUCGCAGCCAUGUCUCUGCUCACAGAUCUCAUCAACCUGAACUUCUCUGAAACCACGGAGAAGAUCAUAGCCGAGUACAUAUGGAUUGGAGGAUCUGGUAUGGACAUCCGAAGCAAGGCAAGGACACUGCCCCGGCCUGUUACUGACGCUAGCAAACUCCCAAAGUGGAAUUAUGAUGGUUCGAGCACAGGUCAAGCUCCUGGUGAGGACAGUGAAGUGAUACUAUAUCCUCAAGCCAUUUUCAGGGAUCCUUUUAGGAGGGGGAACAAUAUUCUUGUCAUGUGUGACUGUUAUACCCCAGCAGGCGAGCCGAUCCCUACAAAUAAAAGAUUCAACGCUGCUAAGAUUUUUAGCCAUCCUCAUGUUGUUUCUGAGGAACCUUGGUAUGGAAUAGAGCAGGAGUACACUCUCCUGCAGAAGGAUGUCCAAUGGCCACUUGGGUGGCCUGUGGGUGGCUACCCCGGUCCGCAGGGUCCCUAUUAUUGUGCUGCAGGCACAGACAAAGCUUUUGGGAGGGACAUAGUUAAUUCCCACUACAGAGCUUGUCUAUACGCAGGGAUCAACAUCAGUGGUAUCAAUGGCGAAGUUAUGCCAGGCCAAUGGGAAUUCCAAGUUGGCCCUGCUGUUGGCAUAUCUGCUGGUGAUGAAUUAUGGGUUGCUCGCUACAUACUGGAGAGGAUCACUGAAAUUGCAGGUGCGGUUCUCUCCUUUGACCCUAAGCCGAUCAAGGGAGAUUGGAAUGGUGCUGGUGCUCACACAAACUACAGUACCAAAUCCAUGAGAAGUGAUGGAGGCUAUGAAGUCAUAAAGAAGGCCAUUGAAAAGCUCGGCAAGAGGCACAAGGAGCACAUUGCUGCUUAUGGAGAAGGAAAUGAGCGCCGCCUCACCGGACGGCAUGAGACUGCUGAUAUCAACACCUUCGUAUGGGGAGUUGCAAACCGUGGUGCAUCCAUCCGAGUAGGCCGUGAGACCGAGAAGAAUGGCAAAGGUUAUUUUGAGGAUCGGAGGCCAGCAUCAAACAUGGAUCCCUAUGUUGUCACUUCCAUGAUUGCUGAGACUACCAUCCUUUGGAAGCCAUGAGUGUUGCAGAUCUGUCCUGUUCUUUGUGGGGACCUUCUACCUUUGCAUUGCAUUGGGAGCUCUUUAUUUUUCAUCUGUGGUCUUGAUUGGCUUUCUGGUCAUCUUAGCAGUCCAAGGUUGAGUCAUUGUCCUGUUGGGAUCUAGUAGUCAAGCAGGUGGGCUUAGCUAUAACUGAUUCUUCCCCCUGCCUUGUUAUUUCACUGUAUCCCCAAAAACAGAAGCAAUAAAUCUAUACAUGAAAUACUGUCUCCCAAAGGAGGUUGCAGUUGUUUGUCCGUUUCAGUCUUUUUGGAUGGUUAUGCAUUGCUGUUCUUUUAUUAU